ACAAAAGCACACAGGAGGACGCAAACGCGAAGGAAACGAUUUGAGCUGAGUGAGUCCAAUCGGCAACCUUCCUGACUGACAUCCCGAGCAUCAAACAUUCCCUCACAAGCCUCCAGCAUCAAACCGCCGGCAUUUCUUCGACGUACCGUUUUUAGAAAGAAAUGAGCUUCCGAUGGGAUUCCUUGCGGGCGCACACGGGUUGUUUGAAACUCUUCGAUUUGAACGACCUGGCCGUCCGCGCCAGUCGGCUCCAAUUACGGCACGAGCAGAGGCAAGAGCAACUACAACAUGCCGCGUCCGAUCACCCACGUGCCUAUCACUUCAAACGUGUCACUCCCUCCAUGCUCACCGCCCGGAGAAACGCGGUCCAGGCGGCGACGGCGGCGGCGGCAGCUCCUCCCGGCGCCCCUCCCCCCCCCGUAGCCCUUCGCCCGUCUGUUGUCACUGAAUCUGCAAUGGCCGCCGGGUACGAUACUGUAAGCAUGGAAGGUUCCAGAAGGGAGCGCGCAUGGUUUCCAGGGCAAGGACGUACCCUGGUGGGGGAGAACGGUCUGGUGGUUUUCGUACAGGAGGACGCGAAGGUCAGCGUGAUGCGAGAUCGGAGGCAGAAGGAGGAUUUGCAACAGGCCUUCCCCACAGCCGACCUGACCCUGGUGGAUACAGUGUGGGCACAAGCGCGUUCCAAUUUCGCGGCGGCUUGUACGAUCAUGACCUCGUUGCGAAAUAACGGGCAUCAUACCCGGAAGGAAGGCGAGGGGAAGGGAGGGGGCGAGGGAGGGGAAAGUGGUGGUCUGCGCACGGAGGACCCGCGCGUGUGGCCGUCGGUGGAGGAG